CCGAACGGUGAGGUAGGCUCUUUUUCUGUUUUCAGUCCUUAUUUAUCGUGAAAAUUACGCGAUUUUCGUGACAAUUUGUUGUAUAUUACACCAUUUUAAUGCCUAUAAUUUACUGAGGGCAGCGUAUAGCGGAGGGCUGUAUCGGCGCAGUGUGAACAACAGCGAUGGUAAUGGAGGCGUCCCCGUCACCGCAGAGCGUUGGCCGCGAGUUUGUCCGCCAGUACUACACGCUGCUCAACAAGGCGCCGGCCCAUCUGCACAGAUUCUACAACAAUUACUCAUCGUUCGUGCACGGCGGGCUGGAUGCGCCCAACCGCGAGACGCUGCCCGUCAUCGGGCAGAAGCAGAUACACAACCGCAUCCAGCAGCUCAACUUCCGCGACUGCCACGCCAAGAUCAGCCAGGUGGAUGCGCAAGCAACUUUGGGCAAUGGAGUGGUGGUGCAGGUGACGGGUGAACUGUCCAAUGGCGGUGCGCCGAUGCGUCGGUUCACCCAAACCUUCGUGUUGGCCGCGCAGUCUCCCAAGAAGUACUAUGUUCACAACGACAUCUUUCGCUACCAGGACAUAGUGUUCUCGGACGAGGAGGGCGAGGGCUCGGGGCGGUCGGAGGGUGAGGAGGAGGAGGGCGUUUCGGCUGCAGGCGGCGGAUACUUCCCCCCUGCACCAAGCUUCCCCGCGCCCUUCCCUGCGCCGCCCGCACCGCCGCACGCGCCGUUGCUGUCGCCUCCCGCGCCGCCCACCGCGCCCGCGCGCGCCGCCUCGCCGCCCGCGCCGCCGCACCUCAACGGCCACCCGCCGCAGCACGACGACGCCACGCGGCACCUCGUCACCGCGCUGCAGGUGAGCACAAUGUCGAGCGGCGCGGCUGGCGCCAACACCAGCGUGAGCUCGGCGGAGCUGGAGGAGGUGGCGCCCGAGCCCGAGCCGGAGCCCGAGCCCGAGCGCGAGCCUUCGCCGCCGCCGCAGCCGACCACGCCCGUAGCGCCGGAGCCCAAGACGUACGCGAACCUGCUCAAGUCGGGCUCGUCGAGCGGUGCGGGCGCGCCGCGCGGCUCGCCGCCCGCGCAGCCUGCGCCGCCCGCGCCCGCGCCCGCACCCGCCGCGCACGAGCCGCGCGAGCCGCGCCCGCGCCCGCCGCGCAACCCGCAGCCGCAGCAACAAGUGAGCAACCCCAGCGAGAGCGGGCGGCGGUACUCGGACGCGCAGCAGCUGUUCCUGGGCAACCUGCCGCACUCGGCCACCGAGGACGAGCUGCGCGCCCUGUUCGCGCGCUUCGGGACCGUGGCCGAGCUGCGCGUGCACAGCAAGCCGGCCGCGCCCGGCGCGCCGCGACACCCCAACUACGGCUUCAUCACCUACGAGAGCGCGCAGGCGGCCGCCGACUGUCUCAACGCGGCCCCCCUGUACUUCCCCGCGGAGGCCGGCGAGGGCGCGGGCGUCAAGCUGAACGUGGAGGAGAAGAAGACGCGAGGCCGCGAGCCGCCGCGCCGCCGCCCGCUGUCGUCGCACCGCGCCGCCUUCCAGCCGCGCCAGCCCUACCGCCGCUAGCGCCCGACUCUGCCAGAGUUGCUGGUGGCGCUGCCGCCGGGCACCCUCGCGCUGCCGUGGCGCCGCGCGCCGCGCCCCGUGCACCGCGGCGCCCGACCCCCACACUAAACUACUGUGAACCGACACACACCGAUCGCGGGACCCCGC